UACGUUUUAAAUUGUCAAUGUUCUUUUCUUCAUCAAGUUUUCAAUUAAAAAAAAAAAUUGUUAAAUUGUUUUAUAUAUAUUGUGUAUAUUAGUACAUUGAUAUUCAAUUUUUUUUAUUGUCGAAGACAACUUUAAACUUUGAUUAUUAUGGAAACUAUAGUCAAUUCAAUUGAUCAGUUGACCAAAGAAGUUGAGGAAUUGGAGGAAUUGAGCGCAAAGAAAAAUGAAAUUCAAAUUUUGAAAGUUCAAAAUCAAAAACUGAGAUACCGACUAAGGCUUUUGUAUAAGGUAAACUACACUGUAUAACCUAUUCAAUAUUUAACAUAGAUACGGUUAAAGAUAGGUAAUUAAUGUUUAAUAUGUAUACUUAGUUUAUGACCUGAGAACUCUGUGGUCCUUUAGAACCUGAGGAUUAUUCAUUAUUAAAUUCAUAAAUUGAAAAUACUUCUACCAUCAUCAACUUAGAAAAGUUGUCCAUCGCUCACAUUUUAUCAUAUAUAUAUAAAUUAUAAUUGAUACCUACCUAAGGGUAUCUAAUUAUUUAUUUAUUAAUGAAAUUUGUGAACAUGUAUAGAGCCUUAUUGAUUUAUAUAUAUUUAAUGUAGUUUUCUACUGUGCUGUUCUAGCUUUAUAAGCCGCCAAGUGUACAUGUAGUAGGUAUACUAGUGGUCGUUGCGCCUUAUAUUAAAACAAUGCCCCAUGUCCCAUUUUUAUAAUAUUUAUUAUUGUAUUCAUUAUGAACUCAACAACAUUAUUAAUAGAAUUUUUUCAAACUUAAGAAAAAGAUGUUUUAUUUUAAUGAUUACUUAUUAAAUUUGAAGUUCAUCAUUUAUAUUUUUAAAACAAUGCACAAUUACCCAAAUAAUAAUAGGUAUCUAUUGUAAACUUGGUACUUAUGACUUUUAAAAUAGAUCAUUUUGUGUGGCCUUAUUCUGAUUAUGACAUUUUGUUGUAGAAUGCAGGAUCACAGACAGAAAAUGGCCCGGAUUAUGCUUUGAUUAAUUUACAUGAAACAUUGAACAAUGUUUUUUUGAAAGCAAUCAGAUCAUCAUAUGAAGGCUUUGAAGAUUUUGAUGAAACUGUAGUUACUGCUAGUAAAAAUUUUGCUGAUUACCAAUGUAAUGCACCAAUGAAAAUGAGUAAACUGCUGAAAGCUAAAGGUAAUAUUUGAAUACUAUACUACUUUUCACGAGAGAAAGGUAGUUUUUCGCGCACGCAGACUGAGCUUACGGAUCACUCGCUACCGCUACAGCAGUCCGCAAAAUUACACCUGGCCCGAUAGUGGUGGGAGCCCUGGGCGAGGUGUGGCGUGGGGAUGCGUAAGAAUGACUGGUUUUCGUCGAGACUCUACCGUUCUUUCGUGAAAAAUAUUAUAUAUUACUUACUACAGUAUGUAUUGUAACAGUAAGCCAUUGAGCAUAUUUCUGCAAAACAACAUGUUAUUAUGUUUAAUUAUGUAGUAAGUAGAAAGAUUUUGUUCCCUAUUUUUAAAUUGCAAACAUGAAUGUUACUUGGUCACUAAAUUAUUCAUAACAAUAUUAAAUUAAUGAUGUGAAUGUGUUUGAAAUUGUAAUAAAUUAUUUAAUUUCAGGUCAGAAUAUACCACUGUUCACAGUCGCUAACAAAAUAGUGGAAUGUUUAGACCACUGCGAUAUUAUUGAUAGAGUAGAAGUUUCUAAGCCAGGAUUUAUUAAUAUUUAUUUAAGUCAAUUUAAACUGAGAGACAUUUUAGACUUUGUGCUAGAAAAUAAAUUAAAACCCAAUCCAUUGUUGCAUCCAAAAAAAAUAAUUAUUGACUUUUCGUCUCCUAAUGUCGCUAAAGAAAUGCAUGUCGGCCAUUUGAGGUUUAUCAAAUUGACUUUUAAUUAUUUAUAACUUAACUAAUAAUAAAUUAACUUUAAAUUAGGUCUACAAUUAUUGGUGAUAGUUUGUGUCGUGUAUUCGAAUUUAUUGGUCAUGAUGUGAUGAGAUUGAAUCACAUCGGUGAUUGGGGAACGCAGUUUGGCAUGCUAAUAGCAUUACUUCAAGAUAAGUUCCCUGAUUAUAAGAAUGUAUCUCCUCCUAUAAAUGAUUUACAAGAGUUUUACAAACAAUCUAAAGUACUUUUUGAUAAUGAUCCAGAGUUUAAAAAGCGUGCAUACAACUGUGUUGUAAAAUUGCAAAGCAUGUCCCCAGAUCAUAUUAAAGCAUGGAAAUUGAUUUGUGAUGUUUCACGGCAGGGUAAUAUUUUUAAACUUUAUAUAAUUGAAAUGUUUAUAAAACUGAUUUUAUUAUUUAGAAUUUCAAAAAAUUUAUGAAAGAUUGAAUAUAAAUAUUAUUGAAAGAGGAGAAUCCUUUUAUCAAAGUCGGAUGGAAUCAAUAGUAAAAUAUUUAGAAAAAGAAGGUAGUGUAUCUUUAAAUAUUCAAUUUAAUUUUUUAUCAUAAUCAUGAUUUUUAAAAAAAAAGAUAUCAAUUUUACAUGUAUUUGAAUAGGGUUUUUGGAAGAUGAUAAUGGGCGUAAAAUUAUGUGGAGUCCAGAAGCUUCUAUACCAUUGACUAUUGUAAAAUCUGAUGGUGGAUUCACAUACGAUACUUCUGAUUUUGCUGCACUAAAACAGAGAAUCGAAGAAGAAAAAGCUGAUGCCAUUAUUUACAUAACUGAUUCUGGACAAGUACAAAUACUUAUUAUUAUUUUUGUUUUUUGAGUUUAAUUAAUUAAUAUUUAUUUUUGUAUUAGAGUACACAUUUUGAAACAUUAAAAAAAUGCGCAAUACAUGCUAAAAUUUUAAAUCCCUCAAAUGUUGAUAUGCAUUUUGUUGGAUUUGGAGUAGUUUUGGGAGAAGACAAGAAAAAAUUUAAAACACGUUCUGGUGAAACUGUUCGAUUAGCUGGACUUUUAGAUGAAGGUUACAGUUUUGUGUAGCUAUUUGGUUUAUUUAAAUAAUAUUUGAACAAUUUAUUUUACAUAACAGGUAUUAAACGAGCCAGAGAUAAACUUAUUGAAAAAGGCAGGGAUAAAGUAUUAACAGAUGAAGAACUGAAGUUGGCAGAAACAGCUGUAGCAUAUGGUUGUAUCAAAUAUGCUGACUUAUGCCACAAUAGAAGUCAUGAAUAUGUAUUUUCUUUUGACAAAAUGUUAGAAGACAAGGGCAACACUGCUGUAUACUUACUUUAUGCAUUGACUAGAAUACGAUCAAUUAUUAAUAAUUUGGGUUCUCACUGUAAAGAUUUAAAUGCUGCUAUUUCAGUUUUCCACGAAAAUGAAUGGAAAUUAACUAAAGUUUGUUUAUUAUAAAAUUAAUUAUUUUCUAAUUUUAUUUGAUUAUAUUUUUAUUAUUGUUAUUUUUUUAGACAUUAUUAAGAUUUGGUGAAGUACUAUUUAAAGUCAUUAAUGACUUUUGCCUCCAUUAUUUGUGUGAAUAUCUUUAUGAUGUAGCUACUACUUUCAGUGAAUUUUAUGACAAUUGUUAUUGUAUUGAAAAAAAUCCUAAAACCGGUAAUUUUUGUUUUUGUAAAUAUUCGUUUACUAGACUAAUCUUAAUCUAAUAUUUAUAAUUAAAAUAAUAAUAUUUUUAGCUUUUCAAAAUCUACAAUUUUUAAAUUCUUACAUUGUUUUUAUAAAAAAAAAAAUGAUUAAACCCAAUAAUGUCCAAGUUUUUUUCAUGGCAUAAUUAUAUAAUUAUAAUGCAGACAAUUUUCACUUCGUAUAGAAUGUUCAAAAAAGUUUUAUUUACAUUUCUAUAUGGCAUCACACAGUGUUCAUGAAUUAGUUAGAAAAUUAUAUUUCAUUAUUCAAUAAUAUUAUCUUCAGUACAAACUGACCAUAUGGAAAUAAACAAUAUUAUUCUCUUGUUUUCUGUAGGUGAAAUAUUACAAUAUUUGAUUUGAAUAAAAGUGUAAAUUUUAAUUUCAAGGGAAACUUUCUUUUUAAAUGUUAACAUAGAUUCCUUCAAACUAUUCAACAAUAUCCCAUGCCCAAAUUAAACUGAAAAAGUAGACCAUUUCCUAUCAUCCUUAUUACCCAUGACACUACCACCAAAAUAUAUUCGUCCAAGCGAAGUUGAACAUGGGAUACGAAACUCUACUGCCGAAAAACCCCAGAUUAUGACUUAAUAACAGCAGAAUUUGCACUACAACUGCUCAAAAAAUCGCUACUCCUCCUGACACAUAUUUAUAACUCUAUGCUUAGGCUAUCACACUUUCGAGUUCUCUGUGAUUAUCAUGAUUCCCAAACCAGGAAAACCAUCUGAUUCUCCAGACUCGUAUAGGCCCAUUAGUAUUCUCCCCUAUUUUUCAAAGACAUUUGAAAAACUUAUUUUAAAACGUAUCCUACCUACCAUUGAAGCUAACCUCCCUAACACUCAAUUUGGUUUUCGUCGCAACCACUCAACCAUAUACCAAGUCCAUCGGCUAGUUGACAAAAUCGCUUGCACACUAGAAAAAUCUAAUAUGCACUGGUGCCUUUCUAGGCUCAGGCUUUUGAUAGAGUCUGGCACAAAGGCCUCCUCUUCAAACUGAAAUCUAUUCUUUCCCCAUAAUAUAACCUAUUAUUCAAAUCCUACUUAGAAAAUAGACAUUUCUCCGUAAGAUCAGGAUCAUCCAUGUCUGAAAUAUCAUUAAUUAAUGCUGGAGUCCCCCAAAGACCAGUCGCAGCACCCUUACUAUUCAAUCUUUUUACUUCUGACCUACCCACUAUGCCUCACUCUGACCCUGAGAUGGCCUCAAACCUCAUCCAAAAUUACCUCAAUUUGCUAUCCACCCGCUAAAAAGCAUGGGGUAUCAAAAUUAAUGAAACGAAAUCCAUCCAGUGCACAUUUACACUAAAACGUACUGACUGCCCUCACAUAUACCUCAAUGACUUUGCCCUACCAACGCUCUAAACUUUCAAUAACUGAGUCUCCACCUAGAUCGUUAGAAAAAACAACUGCUCCCAUCAAUUACGCUACUUUCUUAGUCAAAACAUCUCAAUCUCAGAAAUAAACUUCUUAUUUACAAAAUGUUUCUCAAACCUAUAUGGAUAUAUGGCUUACAACUUUAGGGGCUGUCAAGCCCUCUAAUAUCAACAAAAUAUAAAUUUUCCAAUCCAAAUGUCUCUGGCAAAUAACAAAAGCUCCAUACUAUGUUUUCAACAACACUCAUUCCAACAUCCUCAAUCAUAAGAAUCAACUAAUAGCAUAGCUCUGCAGCCUCAUUAUCCCUGGGGACCCCAGAAGGCGUCUCAAGCGAAGUGGUGUUUGGUCUUAUUGACUGACUAAUUAUCACCAAAACACACCCUGAAGUACCAUCAAUGGUUGGCUUCUUCCCUCAGGCUUGCUGUCUCAAUACUCGUAACUUUCAAUUCUUUCACUUGUGUUUAUUGUAAAUGUUAUUCACAGAUUGUACAAUACUUUAAUAAGAAUAAAAAAAAAAAUUAUACAGUUAAUAUAUUUAUUACCUUUUUAUUGUAUUAAUUAUCAGUAAAAUUAAAUUAAUAUUUUUUAGGUGAAAUUGUCAAAGUGCAUGAUGGUCGAAUUUUACUGUGCAAAGUUACUGAAGAAUAUUUGAAUACUGGUUUAAAUUUAUUAGGCAUACAUACUGUAUCAAAAAUGUAAUUUAUUGAAAAACUAAGUAUAAUUUUUUUUAUAAAAAUACAUUUUAAGUGAAUAUUUCUUUUAUAUAUUUAAAUGUAUAAUCGGUUAUUUCAAUUUCAAACUAUAAUAAAAAUUAUAA